GUUGCUUGCUCCUCUGCGUCGGGCUCAGCUUGUCUUUCCAUGCAGAAGCUCUCGUGCCGGCGGAGAUAUUCCUCGUGAGCCAGUCCUUAUCACCUUUCUAACCGCAGGCUUGUCUACUGUCUCCUGAAGCUGGUCUCACUCCUCUCCGACCCCCCCUCCGCAAUCAUGACUGCGGGACUCAAGACUAUCAUCGCUCUUUCAUUCGUUCUGGCCAUUGGCUUUCUCCUCGUCAUCCUUUCUUCUGCGCUAUGGCACAACUACCUGCCUUUGGUCGUCGUAGCAACAUACGUUGUCGCUCCAUUGCCUAACUGGAUCUGCUCUCGAUGCUCCAAUCCAGAUGAUUUCAUGGAAACUGCAGGAAAUGCGAUUGUCGACUUUGGGCGCUUCUUUACGGGAUUCCUAGUCCUAAUGGGCAUCGCUCUUCCGGCUGUGCUUGCACAUAGUGGUGCUAUCAGCAUCCCUGCGAUGGCCAUGUCAAUUAUCGGAGGUCUUCUUAUCUACGGAACGAUUGUUAGUUUCUCUAUGUUCUUCAGGGAGCAGGAAGAGUUUUGAAUGCAAUAAUGAGCAUCAGUCGCGGUUUGGUCGAUUUCACCAUUGACUCCUCUGCUAUGUGAAAUUGCUUGACGGGCAUUUCUCUUUCCUUUCUAUAUACUGAGAGAUUUUUAAUUAUCUGAGUUAAACUAGCUCUUUUGAUACAUGGUGUGCUUGCUUUCGCUACCCAAUCUCUACGGGAAUCCGGAAUAUGUUAGCACAGCCGCAUAUCUUGACAAUGAUGAACUCGAAUGUAUUAUAUACGCAGUGAUAUCACUAUGUA